ACAUUAUUGAGGCUAUGCUGGAUACUUACUACAAGCAUGUCGACUCUGAAGGGUACAGGAAAUACAAUAGCUCCCGGUUGUCGCCGCCUGAGACAUGGCAAAGCAGACGAAAAUCUCAUACUUCACUGAAAUUAACACCAUCCCCACCUAAGGAAACAAUUAAAAACCUACGAUGUCCACAAAGACAGAAUCAACCUUUCUCAUUGACUUUGCAAUGGGCGGCGUGAGCGCUGCAAUCUCAAAGACUGCUGCUGCUCCCAUUGAGCGUGUCAAGCUUCUACUUCAAAACCAAGGAGAGCUUGUCAAAUCUGGUAGAUUGGCACAGCCAUAUAAGGGUAUAGGUGAUUGUUUUAUCAGGGUCUAUAAAGAAGAAGGAACUCUCGCCUUUUGGCGUGGCAAUUUUGCCAAUGUUCUUCGCUACUUUCCGACUCAGGCUCUAAACUUUGCUUUCAAGGACAAGUACAAGCGUCUUUUUAACCAGAGUAAAGAAAAGAAUGGAUAUAUUCGUUGGGCUGCUGGUAACAUCGCUGCUGGAAGUGCCGCUGGGGCAACUUCUUUGGCAUUUGUGUAUCCUCUCGAGUAUGCUCGAACUCGACUCUCGAACGAUUCAAAGACCUCCACUGGCGGUGCCAGACAGUACAAUGGCAUACUUGAUGUAUGGAGAAAGACUCUAAAAUCUGAUGGAGCUGCUGGUAUCUAUCGCGGAUUCAACAUUUCGUGUGCUGGUAUCAUCGUAUAUCGUGGUCUCUACUUCGGUCUUUAUGAUACAUUUAAGCCGCUAUUGCCCUCGAGAUGGCGCAAUAACCUAUUUGCAAACUUUGCUGUGGGAUUUGCCGUCGUCACAGGCGCCAGUUUUGUUUCGUAUCCCAUCGACACUGUCCGCCGUCGUAUGAUGCUGACAUCCGGUCAAGCUGUCAAUGCGGCUGCCCUAGUCAUUUCCCUGUACGAUCAAUUCCAAAUGCUAUACUUCGGUCAAGCUUGGAAGGGAGAGUAAAUUAUGUGUUUGCAGAGGCAUAACCUAGCUGUAAACAAGCGUAACGCAGGGUACAAUUUUAAUAAAUGGGAUUUUUUCUCGUUGUCAAACAUUCUA